AAGCGCUCUUCGCRGAGCGUCUCCUGCACCUGGUCGGCUGAGCUGCUGCGCCCGUGGGCCCGGUUCCCGGUGCCGCCCCUUGGCUGCCGCUGGGCCGCGCCUGCCCUGGGCCGCAGUGAUGGAGGACCUCAAGGAGGCCGGCGCCGAGGCUCCGCCGGCGGGGACCGGUGCUCGAGGCGGGCUGAGCCUCCUGUCCCAGGGAGAUUCCGAGGAACCUUGCGCGCAGGGAUCAGCUUUAUUUCUUGGAGGCAAUGAAGUGAAGAGCCGAGCUGUGGUGAAAUAUUCUUCCGCCCCUCCUCGAACAGCAUUUGCACGCCUGGAAGAGAAGACAGACUUGAAACUCCCACCUGCCAACUGGUUACGAGAGAGUGCCAAACUAGGGCCAGCAGGAACUACCAUUCUUGGCAAUAGUAAGAAAAGCAAGCCGUUUUCAAGUUUUGGCAUGGCAUAUGACUUUAUUGAUUCUGUGGGAAAUGAUGUGGAUGUUGUCUCUGAUUCUGAAAACAUAAAAAAGCUGCUGAAGAUUCCCUACAGCAAGUCCCACGUAAGCAUGGCGGUGCACCGCAUAGGAAGGACACUCUUAUUAGAUGAGCUGGAUAUUCAGGAACUCUUUAUGAGAUCAUCUCAGACUGGUGAUUGGACAUGGUUGAAAGAGUUUUAUCAAAGACUGAUAGAUCAAAAGUGGCAGAGGAAGAAAAAGAGCAAGGAGCACUGGUACCAGAAGGCUAUUCUUUCCAAGUUUUUAUAUUAUAGUAUCAAUGGUGAUGGAGCAGCUCAGCCUGUCCCUUCAGCUGCAGAACAACAGGAAUCAUCAAGUUCUGAUCAGACACAUGACUCAGAAGGGGCUUCAUGGCCUGCUCCCUUUGAAAUGCCUUCUUCAGUUUCUGAAGACCCCAGUGCUUCCAGUCAGGGUCUUAAAAAUGAUUUUGUUCGGAAUAUCCUGUGGACAUUUGAAGACAUCCACAUGUUGGUGGGAUCCAACAUGCCCAUCUUUGGUGGAGGCAGGUAUCCAGCGGUCAGCUUACGUCUCAGGGAUAACAACAAACCAAUCAAUGUGCUAACUGGAAUUGACUAUUGGUUGGACAACUUGAUAUGCAAUGUACCAGAGCUUGUGAUGUGUUUUCAUGUAAAUGGAAUUGUACAGAAGUAUGAAAUGAUAAAGACAGAAGAGAUUCCCAAUUUGGAAAACUCUAACUUUUCUACUAAGGUCAUAAAGGACAUUGCACAGAAUAUUUUGUCAUUUCUGAAAUCCAAUUGUACCAAAGAAGGACAUACCUAUUGGCUCUUUAAAGCCAGUGGCAGCGAUAUAGUGAAGCUCUAUGAUCUCACUACUCUUUGUGAAGAAACAGAAGACAAAUACCAGAAUCCAUUCACAAUGCCAGUAGCCAUUCUCUUAUAUAAGGUUGCUUGUAACAUGAUGAUGAAGAAGAAUCAAAAUAAAAAACACUAUGGGACUAUUAGAACAUUGCUUCUUAAUUGUGUGAAAUUGCUGGACAAAAGCAGACAUCCUCAAAUUAUUGCUUCAGCCAAUUACAUGCUUUCAGAACUUUUUCAAUUGGAUGAACCUAAAAAGGAAGAAAAUUCUGAAUCUCCUUUACAUGAGAAUUCGGAUGAAAGUUAUAGUGAAGAGGAGGAGGAGAUGCCUGACAGUGAUGAAAAUGGAUCCUAUAGCACCAGCUCUGACCCGUCAGAUGACAACAAAGCAGUAGCUAUCAUUAAGUCUGUUGGGGAAUUGUCAGUACCAGAAAAAUACAAGUCCAUCCACCAAAUCAGGCCCAGUUGUGCAUUUCCAGUUUGCCAUGAUACAGAAGAGCGCUGCAGACUAGUACUUAGCUAUGUUCUGGAGGGUUUAAAAUCUGUAGAUAACAGCAUCAAAAAAGAAAGUGACCUUCCAGCCGCUGACCCCAGUACCCCAAUCCCCUUAAAAUAUGAAGAUGAAUCUGCAAGGGGGGGUCCUGAGGGGCUAGAGAAGCAGAUGGCCUUGUUUUUGGACAAAAUGGGCUCCCUUCAGAAGGGUAAUUAUUCCAGUCAAUCUGGAAUGAUCCCUGGUUCUUGGCAACAUAAAAUGAAACUCCAGCUGAUUCUCAAGUCAUCAAAGGCCUAUUAUGUCUUGUCUGAUGCUGCCAUGAGUCUUCAGAAAUAUGGGAGAGCACUGCGAUACAUUAAGCUGGCCUUGCAGAGCCAUGAUACUUACUGCUGCCUGUGUACCAAUAUGCUCUCUGAAGUGUUGCUGUUUCUUUCUCAAUAUCUGACCCUCUGUGGUGACAUCCAGCUCAUGCUGGCCCAGAAUGCAAGUAACAGAGCAGCACACCUGGAAGAGUUUCACUACCAAACCAAAGAAGACCAGGAGAUCCUGCACAGCCUCCACAGGGAGUCUAGUUGCCAGGGAUUUGCAUGGGCAACUGAUUUGUCUACAGACUUAGAAAGUCAGCUUUCAGUUAGUUGUAAGUGCUAUGAGGCUGCGAAUGAAAUCUUGCAGUUUAGUGACUUAAAAAGCCAAAAUCCGGAACACUAUGUACAAGUAUUGAAGAGAAUGGGCAACAUUAGAAAUGAAAUUGGUGUGUUUUACAUGAAUCAGGCUGCUGCAUUACAGACUGAGAGAAUGGUGAGCAAAUCUGUGUCUGCUGCAGARCAACAGUUGUGGAAAAAAAGCUUUUCUUGUUUUGAAAAGGGGAUUCACAACUUCGAGUCCAUUGAGGAUGCUACGAAUGCGGCUCUGUUGUUAUGUAACACAGGAAGACUGAUGCGCAUCUGCGCUCAGGCACACUGUAGCGCAGGGGACGAGUUCAGACGGGAGUUCUCCCCAGAAGAGGGCUUGUACUAUAACAAGGCUGUUGAUUACUAUUUGAAAGCUCUGAGGUCAUUAGGAACGCGAGACAUACACCCAGCCGUCUGGGACUCAGUGAACUGGGAAUUGUCCACUACUUAUUUUACCAUGGCAACUCUACAACAGGAUUAUGCUCCAUUAUCCAGAAAGGCUCAGGAGCAGAUUGAAAAAGAAGUCAGUGAGGCUAUGAUGAAGUCCCUGAAGUACUGUGACGUUGAUUUGGUGUCUGCCCGACAGCCUCUCUGUCAGUAUCGAGCAGCAACCAUCCAUCACAGGCUGGCUUCCAUGUACCACAGUUGUCUGCGGAAUCAGGUUGGUGACGAACAUCUUAGGAAGCAGCACCGGGUGCUGGCAGAUCUUCAUUACAGCAAAGCUGUAAAGCUCUUUCAGCUCCUCAAAGACGCUCCAUGUGAACUACUUAGAGUGCAGUUAGAAAGAGUGGCAUUUGCAGAAUUUCAGAUGACCAGUCAGAAUAGCAAYGUUGGAAAGUUAAAAACACUCUCUGGGGCUCUGGAUAUCAUGGUGAGGACUGAGCAUGCAUUCCAGCUCAUCCGGAAGGAGCUUGUAGAGGAAUUUGACCAGCCUAAGGGUGGUGAGACCAGUCCAGCUGCUGAUUCUUCUCCUAGUCUUAACAGAGAAGAAGUGAUCAAACUCCUCAGUAUAUUUGAAUCUCGAUUGUCCUUCCUCCUCCUCCAGUCCAUCAAACUGCUGUCUUCAACUAAAAAGAAAACAAGCAAUAACAUUGAAGAAGAUGGACUUCUCAAAUCCAACAAGCAAAUUUACUCCCAGCUUCUGAGAGCUACUGCAAACAAAAGUGCAAGUCUUUUGGAAAGAAUUGAUGUCAUCAUCCAUUUGCUGGGGCAGCUUGCUCAUGGGGGCAGCGGAGUAAGCAGCGGCGCCGUUCAGUGACCUCGCGCAGAGCUGCGUCUGCAGACGCGCUGACAGUGCCUUCUGACCACAGGAGUGGCUUUGUCCAUUCGGUGCUGAGUUUCAUUAAAUGUGAGGAAAUACCCAUUUGAAACAGGCAUGCACUUAUUUCUCAUGACAGACAGACAAUGGCGGAGUUCUUUGGCUUCUUCGUUUGAAGUGCUAAAGCCAGAACUGAACUGAAAGCUUCAGCUUUUAUUUCUAUGAGACGUACAUGGUACCUCAAUAUUAAUAGACUUUCUGUUAUGCAAUUAUACUUUCAGCUAUUUUUGAAGUAUCUUGGAUAACAAAGGUUUAAGAUAUUAUUUUGGGUAAAAUGUUGCUUCCACCAAGAGAACCUUUUAUCCAAAUGAUAUUACAGGUUCAAAUGGGUUAAAGAAACUUCCUAUAAAUCUACAAUAUUUCCUUCCAAAUUGCACAAGAGCGUCCCCUUUGUGAAUUUCAGUGCAGGAGUUUUGAAGACUAGCCAUUGUGCACUACUCUGUAUUUAAUGCAUGUUUUGAAGGGAUUCACUUUUCUUCAGUUGAUCAGGAAUAGUAUUAUUUCCCCUCCCCUCCUUUUUCAUUUAAACUUGAAACUGUGAAUAAGGUAAAAAACAAAACAAAACUAUUUUGAAUAAACUAUUUAUUUAAAAUA